AUGGAAAAAAUCGACUUUAAUACAAAUUCAAACAAAAUCCAACAGGCAUACGACAAGGUUGUUAGAGGAGACCCAAAUGCAACAUAUGUCGUCUAUUCUGUUGACAAAAAUGCCACCAUGGACGUUACUGAAACUGGGGAUGGGUCAUUAGAGGAUUUUGUCGAACAUUUCACUGAUGGACAAGUUCAAUUUGGAUUGGCAAGGGUUACUGUUCCAGGAUCUGAUGUUUCCAAAAAUAUCUUGUUGGGAUGGUGUCCCGACAGUGCUCCGGCAAAAUUGAGAUUGUCGUUUGCAAAUAAUUUUGCUGACGUAUCCAGAGUCUUGAACGGAUACCAUGUUCAAAUUACUGCCAGGGAUCAAGAUGAUUUAGACGUCAAUGAAUUUUUAAAUAGAGUUGGUGCUGCUGCCGGUGCAAGAUACUCGACUCAAAGUUCUGGAACCAAAAAACCAACUCCUGUUGCUCCUAAACCUGUUUCAAAACCUGUUGUUGCCAAACCAAGCACAGGAUCAAAACCUUCAUUUGUGCCUAAGUCUACUGGAAAGCCAAUUGCUCCGGUUAAGCCAAAACCAAAGAGCAUCACGAAAGACGCGGGUUGGGGUGAUGCUGAAGACAUUGAAGAAAGAGACUUUGACAAGAAACCUUUAGAGAACGUUCCAUCUGCAUACAAACCAACAAAGGUCAAUAUUGAUGACUUGAGAAAACAAAAGUCAGACACUACUAGUUCGACCCCUAAAGCGUUUAAACCAGAGCCUACAGAAGAGAAGAAUAACGAUGAAGAGCAACCCAAACCUUUGUCUGAAAGAAUGAAGGCCUACAACCAACCGUCAAGUAGUGAUGGAAGAUUAACUUCCUUGCCAAAACCAAAGAUUGGACAUUCUGUUGCCGACAAAUAUAAAGCCAAUGCACCAGGAAAUGGUGGCGCUCCAGUGUUUGGUGCCAAACCAGUAUUUGGUACCCAAUCUGUUGAUUCAAGAAAGGAUAAGUUGGUGGGUGGAUUAUCGAGAGAUUUUGGUGCUGAAAAUGGUAAAACACCAGCACAAAUUUGGGCUGAAAAAAGAGGGAAAUACAAAACAGUUGCCUCUGAUGAGAAAGAAACCAACUCAAAUGAAAAUGUUGACGAGCCCGAAGAACAUCAUACCGCUGAUUUGGCCAAGAAAUUCGAAGAAAAGGCAAAGAUUGUUGACGAUACUCCCUCAUUGCCAACUAGAAACUUACCACCAGCGCCACCAGCAAGAGAAACCACACACCAAUCUAGUGAAAAAGAGGAAGAGGAAGAAGACGCCCCAGCACCAUCUUUGCCUGUUAGGAAUUUACCACCACCACCGCAAAGACAAUCUGAACCGGAACCCGAACCGGAAAAGGAAGAAGCUGCUGCUCUUGCUCCAAGUUUACCUGCAAGAAAUACGCCAUCAGCACCAAAAGCCGAAGAAACAAAGAAGCAAUCUGUCACAGCAACUGCAGAAUAUGAUUACGAAAAGGAUGAAGAUAAUGAAAUUGGGUUCUCUGAAGGUGACUUGAUUAUUGAUAUUGAAUUUGUAGAUGACGACUGGUGGCAAGGAAAACACGCUGAAACUGGUGAAGUUGGUUUAUUCCCAGCCACUUAUGUGUCAUUGAAUGAAAAAUCUGCAGACAAAGAAGAAGAAGAAGAAGAAGAAGAAGCACCUGCUCCAUCAUUGCCUUCUAGAGAAGGAACACAAGCACCUCCAGCAUUACCGAGUAGAUCAGAACAAAAACCAGCUUCAAAAACUGCUACUGCCGAAUACGAUUACGAAAAGGACGAAGACAAUGAAAUUGGCUUUGCAGAAGGGGAUUUGAUUAUUGAAAUCGAAUUUGUUGACGAUGAUUGGUGGCAAGGAAAGCAUUCCAAGACAGGAGAAGUUGGUUUGUUCCCUGCUAAUUAUGUUGUCUUGAAUGAGUAG